AAAUUCCCAAAAUUUGAGCCUCAAGUUUUCCACUUUGUCACGUCACUUUGUCUGAGACUAGAGAAAAAAAAGUAAAAGAAAAAAAAAAACGAAAAGAAAAGAAAAGAAGAAGAACAACACUCGCUCUUCGUUCGCGUUGAUCUCUGAUUCAGUCUUCGCCAUGGCGGAGCGUCCUUCCUUCGGAUUGGGUCCCCGAUUGGACUUUCAGCAACUACAAUUUGAAGCCCAGCAUCGCUGGUUGAGACCUGCAGAAAUUUGUGAAAUUCUUCGUAACUAUCGGAUGUUUCAAAUCACGUCAGAACCUCAUAACAGGCCACCAAGUGGUUCACUAUUUCUAUUUGAUCGAAAAGUUUUGAGAUACUUCAGAAAGGAUGGGCAUAAUUGGAGAAAGAAAAAAGAUGGAAAAACCGUGAAAGAAGCUCAUGAAAAAUUGAAGGUGGGAAGUGUUGACGUGUUGCAUUGCUACUAUGCCCAUGGUGAAGAAAAUGAAAAUUUUCAGAGACGAAGCUAUUGGAUGCUUGAACCGGAUAUGAUGCACAUAGUAUUCGUACAUUAUUUGGAAGUUAAGGGUAACAAGACAAAUACUGGAGGAAAUAUAGAUAGUUAUGAUGUUUCGUCUGACUCCCAAAGGACCCCUUCUCCAUCAUCUGGCUUACCAACAAAUUAUAGCAACUUGCCUUCACUGAGUACAGAUUCCAUGAGUCCAGCUAGCAGUUUGGCAUCUUUACGUGAAGAUGCUGAUUCUGAGGAGAUUCACCAAGCAAGCUCCAGAUUACACACACUAAAUGAGUCACAACAUACGCGGAAUGGUCACCUGACAGACAAAGUUGAUACUGGUGAUCGAGGACAGUCUUCAAUUUCUGGAGAUUAUAUCCCAGUUGUUCCGGGUGAAAGAUUUGGAGGAAGUGAUACUACUUAUAUUGAUGGUCAGAAAGCACAUAGCAUGGCAUCCUGGGACACUGUGUUGAAGCAAUGCAAUGCAGAAUUGCAGAGUGAUCCUUCGUUUGUACCAUUUUCUUCCAUACCAUCGAGUUUGAUAGGAAACACUGUAGAACAAGAACGUAAUGACUUUGGUGACCUCUUAGGGAGCAAAAGUAGCCUCACUGAGGAGGCAGGGAGCUCGCAAUCUAUCCAAUCAAACUGGCAGAUUCCUUUUGAAGAAAGUUCAGGACGCUUGCCAAACUUCACCCAAUCAUUGAGUUUGGAAUUUGGAUCCGAUUAUAUAUCUGGUUUAGUUGGGAAUGAAACACUUAAUGCAAGUUCUGAAAUUGAUCCUCACCUGUUUAACUUUCAUGGUGAGCCGAAAGAGCAGCAUGUGCAACAACACUAUCCAGAACGGCAUGCAGAUGGACAAUCUCAGUAUGCACUUCAAUCCAAUUCUCUGAAUAAAGUUCUUGGUGAAGAAAGUCUCAACCAUGCUUUCACAGCAAAGCGCACAUUAUUGGAUGGAGACGAGAGCCUGAAAAAGGUUGAUAGCUUCUCUAGGUGGAUUACUAAAACCCUUGGAGAGGUGGAUGAUUUGAAUAUGCAGUCUUCAGCUGGUAUUUCAUGGGGUACAGAUGAAUCUGGGCAUGUGAUAGAUGAUUCCUCAUUGAGCCCGUCCCUUUCUCAGGAUCAGCUGUUUAGCAUAAAUGAAUUUUCCCCCAAAUGGGCUUAUGCUGAAGUGGAAACUGAGGUGGUAAUUGUUGGAUCUUUUUUGAAGUAUCAACCGGAGGUGUCAACCUCUAACUGGUCCUGUAUGUUUGGGGAAGUGGAGGUCCCUGCUGAGGUUUUAACUAAUGGAAUUCUGUGUUGCCAGGCUCCACCUCAUAAGGUUGGACGGGUUCCUUUCUAUGUAACAUGUUCGAAUAGAUUAGCUUGCAGUGAAGUGCGUGAAUUCGACUAUAGAGAAGGCUUUUCUGGAAAUGUAGAAUUUGCAGAUUUUUAUAACGAUUCAACUGAAAGGCUGCUGCAUUUGCGAUUGGAAGAGUUUCUGUCCUCAAAACCAGUGUGCCCAUCUAAACAAACCUUUGAGAAUGAUAUGGAGAAAAGAGAUGUAAUUUUAAAGCUUAUUUUCUUAAGAGAGGAAGAGGAGUUCUCGAGUAAGGAAGGGCAACAUGUAGAAUCUGAUACAUCCUCACAGAAGGUGAAGGCGCAUCUGUUUCACAGGCAGAUUAAAGAGAAGCUGUACUCAUGGCUUCUGCACAAAGUAACGGAAAGUGAUAAAGGUCCUAAUGUGUUAGAUAAGGAUGGACAGGGUGUUUUACAUUUAGCAGCUGCUCUUGGGUAUGAUUGGGCUAUACAACCAAUUUUAACUGCUGGAGGUGGUAUCAAUUUCCGUGAUGUAAAUGGAUGGACAGCCCUACAUUGGGCUGCAUCCUGUGGCAGAGAGCGGACGGUGGUUGUCCUUGUCACCAUGGGUGCAAAUUCUGGAGCAUUGACAGAUCCAUCUCCAGCAUUUCCAACCGGAAGAACAGCUUCAGAGCUUGCCUCUACCAAUGGGCACAAAGGAAUAUCUGGUUUCCUUGGUGAAUCUUUAUUAACCAGUCAUCUUGAAUCCCUCACAAUGGAUGAUCAAUAUAAAGGUGGCAGGCAAGAGAUUUCAGUAACAAAAGUAGUGCAGACAGUUUCAGAACGAACUGCUACCCCUGUAUUAUAUGGGGAUGAUAUGCCAGAUGAUCCCUGCCUUAAGGAUUCCCUUACUGCUGUUAUUAAUGCUACACAAGCUGCAGAUCGUAUACAUCAGGUAUUCAGAAUGCAGUCUUUUCAGAGGAAGCAGUUGAAUAAACUAGCAGAUGAUGAGUUUGGAUUGUCAGACCCGCGAGCUCUUUCCCUUCUAGCAUCUAAGGCAAGCAAAUCUGGACAAGGAGAUCGUUUAGCCAAUGCUGCUGCAACACAGAUACAGAAGAAGUUUCGUGGUUGGAAGAAGAGAAAAGAAUUCUUGAUCAUUCGUCAAAGAAUUGUUAAAAUCCAGGCCCAUGUAAGAGGUCACCAGGUUAGGAAGAGUCUAAAAAGCAUAAUCUGGUCUGUGGGAAUCCUUGAGAAAGUGAUAUUACGGUGGAGACGCAAGGGCAGUGGCUUGCGCGGAUUUAAACCCGAUGCCCUUAAUAAGGCCCCCAUUCAACAGAGUGAUCCGCCGAAAGAAGAUGAUUAUGAUUUCCUCAAGGAAGGAAGAAAACAAAGUGAGGAGAAGUUCCAAAAGGCCCUUUCAAGGGUCAAGUCCAUGGUUCAAUAUCCAGAGGCACGUGCUCAAUACCGGCGCCUGCUAAAUGUUGUUGACGACUUCCGUCAAACCAAGGCAUGUAAUAUGGAUUUAGUAAAUUCUGAAGAGACAGUUGAUGGUGUGGAGGAUUUGAUUGAUAUUGAUAUGCUCUUAGAUGAUGACAAUUUUAUUCCCAUAGCAUUUGAUUGAUUGAUUGAUUCUCUCUGCCGUGGUGGCUGCUGCUCCUCCUUUCAUCCCCACUGUAAAUACAUGGCCAGUUGGCUUUAUUUGGCAUUGGGGUUGUCCUAACAUCGUCUUGGUGUAUAUAUUCCUGAUCAGAAAUGACUUGAUUUCAAUGCUGAAUAUAAAUAGAUAAUCAUAGCUAGCAUGCAUUUUGGUUGUAAUCUAAUAAGACAUGGUUUGUCUUUCUUUUAUGGUUUUAUUUAUAUGACAGGAUCAGAAUGUUUCCUAUUAUAAAUUAGUUCAGGUUUAUAACAUAAAGUGGUGUUAGCUUGCCGAUGUAUAAAAUGGAAUUUGUACACAAAGUGUACUGUGUUGAGAGGAAUUAUAACCGUGUGCUAAAUGCUAAUUAUGAUUUAUAUUUAUAUUAUAUUAUGUUGUGUUAUAUGGUUUCUCUGCUCACAGAGGACACGUGGCAGAACCCCACCUUGCACACGUAGUUGACUGUAUUUACGCGUGGCAUGUCGGCUGUGAUGAUGAUUCCAAAUUGCCAACAUAAACAAUGGAAUUAGAAUUUCUUCAUUAUCUUCAUCUUUCUCUCUUCUGUAAUCAUCAAUGGAUUUGACUUUGCUUUCUGAUAUCUCCUUC